GAAAAAAAUGGAGUCUAAUUAUUUUUUGCAACCUAUUUUGAAGUAUUGUUCUUCAUGUCAUUCUAACAAAUCUGCUGAUUUACUUGAUACUAGUAAAAAAACUUGUUUGCUAUGUUUAAAUUGUUUAAAUGAAGGAUAUAAAAGAAAGCAUGAAGAACAAUAUAUGGAUAAUAUUUAUAAUAAGCAGGAGAAGGCUAUUGAGCUAGAGCAAGUCGAAGAUAUUAUUUAUUAA